UAUUUAUUGAACGUUUUUCAUUCUCUUAUAUUCGCUACUCAGCUUGUCAAAUUUAUAAAAAAAUUUUGGGAAAGUGAAUUUACAGCCGUUAAUUGCACAUUUUCGCCUAAAAAUUGUGAUUAAAUGGAGAAUUUACAGAAUAUUUGUGAUAUUUUAUUAAUAAAAGUGUAGCAGAGAAUGUUCGAGUUAAUUAGAGGUGAUUAAAUUGCCUUAGGAACUUCCUAGAAAUUGCGAAAAUCGCAUUAAGAACGCCUAAAAUAGAACGCCAGCAAUUAUAGCAAAGUUUGGUGCUGAUGAUAGCGUAGUUGUGAAAAAAACUAACAGCCUACGAAUAAUACCAUCGUAUCAUUUGUUAGUAUGCACUUAUGGGUAGAAAAGCUUAACAUUUCCUUGCUUUAAAAAACUAUCUGUAAACAGACUAUGGGAACGCAAAUCAAGGCAGACUAAACCAGCCACAAGUCUCGCAGCCAACAAAGAAAAGUUUUUAAGCCAUAUGAUUGCUGUCUGCGCCUACAUGAUUUAGUCUAUGAUUAUACACAUGUAUGAGGAGACGAGGGUAUUAUACUAAUCGUAUCAGCACCAGAAGCAUUAUCAGCGAUAGGCACGAGGCUGGGAGCGAUACGUGGAAAGAAAAGUGUUCGUGCAACGACUCUAGACUUGUGGGUUAAGAGUAAAAGGUGCGAGUUCUUCCCCUUUCCGUCCGCUUCACGUUAGUCGAAGAGCAGUUAUCCAAAUGGCUGCAAUUACAUAUUUCGCAAAAGCAGACAACAAAAAUACAUUUAAAAGCGUAGUAUUAUAAUUAAUACAAAUACCAAGACAGUGGUGAAAACAGCUGCGAUAUUUUCGCAAGAUAAAGAAGAAAAAGCUCAAAACAGUCAGGAAAAAAAUACAAAGCAUGAGCUAAAUGCGUAUCCAAAACCGAAAGGAAGGUCCCUUUCAAGGUUAAAUUCAAAGCGUUUGCCCGUGGGAGGUCAUCGUUAGGGCCCUGUCACAAGGUAAACUACAAAAAGGCUAGAUAGUUAGCCUUGAAAUUGCAAUAUUAUAAAGUGAAUUUGAAGAGAACACUCUUGUGAGUAAAGAAAAUGGAGAAAUUUCCACAGUGUGCCAUUUGCGGUACAACACAGCAGUUAUUGCGUUGUGCCAAAUGUAAGACGAUCUUCUACUGCUCCACGGCGCAUCAGCACAUGGACUGGCCGACACAUAAACAUUCUUGCCGUAUGUUGGCGAAACAAAGAAAUAAUAAUCGCAUGCAACACCUGCAACAGGCGGUUGCUGCUACGACGUUAAACAACACGAACGCACUAACAUUGCCCACCUCGAGUGGUAGCAAUAGCACCUGUACCAAUAGCACCAGCGAUGUCGAUGCUGGCCACCAUCGCUGGUCAUUAACCACGUCAAAUGAUGCUACUGCAGGCAUUAUAGGAUUUGGACUUUUAGGCGGUAGCGAAAGUGCUGAAGUAGAUCCGAGUAUAUUAACUGCUGUGCCACCCAUGGCUAUAAUGAUGGGCAAGAAUGAAAAUGGCUGCGGAGGGGUUUAUGAACGUUCAAAUGUCGUGUCGAAUGAUGGCAUUGAUACACCAAAUCAGAUCCCAGAUACUGGUGGUACAGUGACUAGUGCAAAUUUAGUACAAGGCCCGAACGCAGCGACCACCGCUUGCAUGCAACCACAGUAUCAUCAUGUAGAUCAGCGUUUAUUAUCGCCACAAUAUCACCAACAGCAGCAACAGUUGAUGCAACAGCAGCUGCAGCGUCAACAAAUGCCACCCCCACAGGCACCGUACUCACCGUCAUCGAAUCUUAGCAGCCAUAACGCGCAUCACCAGUAUGAGAAAAGCUUCAGCUGUCAAGUUGGCAGUGGUGGUGGUGUGGAUGAAAAUGCUUUUGGGCAUGCAAAGUGAGUAAUAUUGA